AUAUCCAAAUAGGCCAAUCAUAGGUCCAGAUUUAUUUCGGCCAGCAUCAACAAAAAAAUAAAAAAUCCUCGUAUUCCUCGCUCACUCACUACCACUACCACUACCACUAUUCACUCCCUCACUUCCAAGUUUCCAACCUCCUCCGACGCCGUUCCUAUGGCCAAUUCCACCGCCAAGACCCUCAAGAUCAUCACCGGCGCCGAUUCCUUCGGCUGCGACCUCAAGGACGUCUUGGUCGCCCACCUCCAAUCCCUCAACAUCCAAGUUGAGGACCUCGGCACUUCUUCCUACUACUCCGUCGCCGCUGACGUCGGCCGCCGUAUCUCCUCCGCCGUUACUGCGUCCUCCGAUGAUUCCAAAGCUGUCGAGACUCGUGGCCUUCUCGCAUGCGGCACCGGUGUUGGCGUCGCCAUCUUCGCCAACAAGUUCCCAGGCGUUAUCGCCGCCACUUGCCUCACGCCUUCAGAGGCUCUUAACGCCCGAUCAAUCAACAACUCCAAUGUCCUAGCUGUCUCCGGCAUGUCGACUUCUCCGGAAUCCGCUAUCGAAAUCCUUGACACGUGGCUCAAGACUCCCUUCGCAUCGCCGUGCCCUGCCUCCGGGAACGAGCCCUGGCCGGAGGAGAUUAAAACUUUUUUUGAAAAUUCCCUGACGGAGAUGCCAAAAAUCGGUGCUGAACUCCCUAAAAUUGAAGAUUCCACUUGCUCUAUUUGUAAUUUGGUGAAGAGUCGGGUCCUUGGGCCGAUCGACAUGAUACCCGGUGGGUCGAUGAAGAUCUUAAGAGAAACUCCUACUUCGGCGAUAGUGAGGUUCAAAGCCGGGAGCGUUGAGCCUGCUCACCACCACACCUUUGGGCACGAUUUGGUGGUGACCGAAGGAAAGAAGACUGUGUGGAAUUUGACAAAGAAGGAAAGGUUUGAUCUGACCAUUGGGGAUUACUUGUUCACUCCUGCUGGGGAUGUUCAUAGAGUCCAGUAUCACGAAGAGACUGAGUUUUUCAUCAAGUGGGAUGGCCAUUGGGACAUGUUCUUCGAUGAAGAUCUUGAGACUGCAAAGAAAGCUAUUAUGAAAGAAUCUGAAAACGGGUCCAAAUAAAACAAUCCAAAUAUGCUACUAUAAGUCUGUAAGUAUAAGUUGGUUUCUUUUAAGGGUUUUAAAGUUUGUUUCUUUAAAGGGUUUUUGAGUAUUUUGAUGAAGCUGAUGUUGUAUAAUGUAUAAUAAAUAAACAAGUUAUUAUGAGUAUUUUGGAUGAAUAAACAAGUUAUUUGUCUUUGAAUAA